CAACUGUGUGUAUUAGAACAAAAAAAAAAAAAAACAGUGAAAUAUGACGUUGAAUACGUAAAUAAAGGAAUUAUUGCAGAAAUUGUUAAAAAAAUUUCCAAUAAAAAUUAAAAUUAUUGUAAUGUGUUGCUUAAAAAGUUAAGAUAUUGAAGUAUGAGUUGGUUUGAUACAAAAAGCUUCGCCAGUUUGGCAAAAACAGCUUUAAAAGAAGCCCAAAAGAAAAUCGACAAAGUUCUUGACAUACAAGAAGAUGAAUUGGAUGGUAGCAUUGUUGGUGGUAUUGUGGGAGUAACUGCAUUGGACGGCUCUGCUAAUGCAAUUACAACGGAAGUAACAAGUAAUGUGAAGAGGUUUCCCGGAGCUGCUAACCGCUCGGAGAGUGCAGAUGAUGCAAAACCUAACGAUACGGAACAGUCCACUAUGCAAGUUUCUACGUCGUCACCGGAUUUGUCAGCUGAUACAUUUUUAAAAGAACAAAAGGAAAUGAUAACUAUUGCCCCCAAAGUGGGAGAAGUUUCUAAAGAAAUUGAAGCUUUAUCAAAAGCGACAGCUUCUGGUCUAGAUAUCGUUACUCCAGUGUCAGUUGAGCUACCUGACAAGAGACCAUCUGUAGCUUCAACAUUAGAAUCAGUAGAUGUCUUAUCACCCCCUCAAAUAUCACCAUGCUCCGAUGAAACUACUGACAUUUCUGAAUCGGUGGAAUUAAUUACCGCCACCAGUGAUAUGAUGACUUCAGAAUCCGAACAUAUAUUGCCAGCUACAGCCACAUCCGAUAGUAUUGUCAUAAUUGGUAGAUCAAGUGAUGCGGGUUUAGAAGCUGAGGUUAACCUGUUGGAAAUGGAGCUUGGAACGAAGCUAGAUGAUUCGUCAAAUUUUGAUACAAAAACCUUGGUGGAAAGCAUGGAAGAAUCCACUCAAAAAACAUUUUCUGUAAUGGAAGGCAGUACGGCAAGUAAUAAAUUAUUGCAAUCCAUGGAAAUUGUGCCAUAUGAACUUCAAACUAUAGAUUCUGAUUCGACACAAAGUUUUGAAGAUGUACAACUACAUUCGCCAGCAAGUGGUGAUAAUAUAACAAAUUCCCAGCUUAUUAAGAAAAUUUCACGUAGUAGUAAAAGUGACACAUCACCACCUAAUUCCAAUGACGAAAUGGAGACAGCCACUUCAUCGGAUAUCGAAAUUAUCUCUAAUCCUAAUGGUGAUGCAUCAAGCACGGCUAGUACUACCACGCGAACAAGUCCUUUAAAAAAUGACAAGAAAAUAGAAAAUAUAAACAUUUCCACACCACCAAUGGCUGCCAAUAAUACAACGCUGACAAACCGCAAAGGACAUUGUCGUGAACCUUCGGAAAUAUCCAUACUUUCCAUGGAUUCACAAUCCGAAGAUGAAAUUGAGAAACUUUUAAAGCGCAUCUCAGAAUUAAAUAGUUUAGUGGAGGCUCGUGAAUUGCGUCUGCUGCAGUCUGAAAGACAAAAUGCCGAAUUACAAGAACGAAACAAUGAACUCCAGGCUUUGGUCAACACCAAUAAUUUGCAAUCAUCUGAAGAAUAUACUAAACGGGUGUCAUCACUCGAGAAGAAAUUUCAAAAUUGUAUACGAGAACGCGAUUCAUUACGCAUGAAAAAUAAAGAUUUAGAAUCAAAAAUACCCAAAAAUGAUUUAAACGACACUCUAACCGAAAGUCAAAAUAUGGUUGCAGAAUUAAGACAAGAAGGUGAGAAACUGGCCAAGGAAAUCCUACAACAAUCCAAUAUUAUUAAAAAACUAAGAGCUAAAGAAAAAACUUCAGAUAACCAACUGAAAACCUUUAAAGAUCAGCUGUCUUUAACACACGAAGAAGUAGAACGUUUGAAAAAGACCCUUUCGGCGAAAGAAGAUGUCGAGAGAUCACAAAUAGAAGCCGUCCACAAAAUGACUUCAGAAAAUCAGAAAUUAAGCACUGAAAACUCCCAAUUACGAAGUAAACUAGACGACACACAACAAAAACUAAAUACCCUACAAAGAAGUUUCGAUGCUGUCAAAACAGAGCUACAACAGCGAUCCAAACAACAUUCCGAUCUCUCACGUACUGCAGAGAAUGUACAAGCAGCGGAAAAGGAAAAAGCUCAAGCUAAAGCCGAAAAUCAAGAACUGCAAAAACAAUUGCUUGAAUUGAGAGAAAAAAUCAAAUCAACUGAACAGCAAGCCAUGAAAAGGGACCAACAGCUGAGGGAGGAAAACCGCCAACUAAUGGCACGUCUUGAGGCGGCCGAAUUACGUGCCGAAUCUUCAACACAGGAAAUAAGUCAAACUACCAUACCGCUAAUGCGUCACUUGGAGUCGCUGCAACAAACUCUAAAUCAACGUACCGCCAAUUGGAAUAAGGAAGAGAAAUCGCUUUUGGAAAAACUAGAUGCAGCUCAAACUCGACUCAAAACUUUGGAAAAUAUUGAGGACUCUACAAACUCCAAAAUUGACCUAUUGAAAGCGAGAUGUCAAGAGUUGGAGGAGAAACUUUCGCAUGCUGUUAUGGAGGAAGAAAAGACUAAAAUCUCAUUGCAGUUGGAGUUAAGACAAAAAGAAUCGGUGUAUAAUAGACAAAUUUCUGAAAUAAACCAAGAAUUGGAAUUAAGUCAAGUAAAAAUAAAGUCCCUAGAAGAUUCUCAAUUAACCUUGAAUGAGAAACUAAAAGAAGCCGAAAGAAAAACUAUAACAGCUGAAGAAAAUCUACAUAGGGAACAAUCUACACAUUCUUUGGGAGAAUUACAACACUCUCCUACAGAAAAUCCCCAGAGACCACAUUCUCCAGCCAUAAGUGCAGGCGUAAAUUCUUUGGAAGAUGACAUGGGUGGCAGUAUAGAUUGGCAUCAGUAUACCCAGGAUGAUUUAGAUUGUAUCUCCAAUUCUGGUCGACCUUCGGGCAUACAAGGUUUUGGUGUACAUUAUUUAUCACAAAACACCUCAAACUUUGAAUAUUUACAAUCGAUGGUAAAACAAAGAGACGGCGAAGUGGCUCAAACUCAGUGGGAGUUAUCACGUUUACAGGCCGAAAGAAAUAUGCUACAGGAAGAGCUAUCACAACUUGUAAUGGAAAUGGAAAAUCUUAAGGAAAAAUUACAAUCAUUGGAAAUGUUGGAAAUCAACUACAGUGAUUUACAAACUCGUUACGAUGCCUUAUUGCAAAUGUAUGGCGAAAAAGUUGAACGUUGUGAAGAAUUGGAAUUAGAUUUAAAAGAGUGCAAAGAUGCUUAUAAAGUUCAGAUACAAGAGAUUUUAGGCAAAUUAAAAACAUGAUGCAAUUUAUUAGUUAUAUCUGUUUAUCUUCAAAUGUGAUGAUGAUAUUUUUUUUAUUUUAUAUUUUUUGGUUUUUCCGUUUUUAUUAUAAUUUUUAGGUCUUGUAAAAAAAUAAGAAAUAUUUAAAAGAAAAAUAUGCAACUAUUAUUGAAAACAAAAGUACGCCCCUCCCCCACACACCUUAUCAUACAUAAAUGUGUUUGUAUUGUUAUGUUAUGUAUUUUACUAGUUUAGUUAAAUAAUAAAACAAUUAUUACAAAUAAAUAUUUAAAUAACAAUUAAACAAAAAA